CUUUUAACUACACAACAUCAUCUUCUCCAUCAAACUUUCAAUCUCCCCUAAUCUCAUAGCACAAUGGAUAGAAUUCCAGAGGAUGUUAUCAUAAUUAUUGCUUCUUUCCUUCCAUCCGGUGGCCUCGCACCCUUCGCUACGUUGUCACGGCCGUGGCAGCGAGCUAUCGAGCGGCGAGCCUUCUCGGCUUUGCGCAUUGACAUCACGACUAAUGACCUACACGUUUUCGAGCGUAGCGUUUGGACUGAUUAUAUGCGCCGCAGGUUCCUGAAGGACCUCACGUUCGUCAUCCAGCUAUACGUUGACAUGAAGAAAGUGACACGGGAUUUACGCCGGCUCUUCCUCAUUCUAGCCGAGAGCGACGAUGAGAAGAAAAUGACCCUGACCCUGGAGCUGUUUGGGAAUAUCCGUGACGAAGACAAAGACAAAGAUGAGGAAGCUCAAGGGGUGCGUCGGGGGGAUCAACAUGGCUUAGCUGAUGCUCCGGUUGAGGCCAACUUCCUCUCCGGCACAGAGUGCCAAAAUGUGUCUCUGUCGCUGUUGUGUACUGAUAUACGUGCGUUCGACAGAGAUGAUCUAUGGGUUCCCGAUAGAACGAAUUCGUUAUCAUACGAUCCUCUAGGAGCAGCUGCUACAUCAGCGGCGUCUUUGACGGCUCGCUUUUCUGGCCGAGCAAAAGCGAACAGUCAAAGAUGCCUGUCUCACCCUGGCCUCGCCUAAAA